CACUGCUCCAUGUGACGUGGUUUGUCACAUAAUACCGCUGGCGAGGACAGGAGAAGGAUACCGCUUCGCUCUCUAUAUUUAGAUGUCUAAUCUGUGUAAACAAACAAACCUUUCCUGUCCCUCGAAAAAAAUUGAAAAUAAUCGCAGGAAGCGCACAUCUCCGGCUAAAGGCUGAACAGUGAUGGCCUCAGUUCAAAAGGACAACAGACUCACCGGUUCUCAAAGCUUUAUGUGCGUCGGUUUCGCCGGGUUUUUCAGUAAAACUGUCACGUCGCCUCUGGAGGUGGUAAAAAUUAAAAGUCAGGUGGGCACCUUUCACUGUAAGAGGGGUUUCUGCCAAAGUUUCCUUCUCAUCUACCAGAAUGAGGGACUUCGAGGAUUUUGGAAAGGAAAUCUCGCCUCUUGUCUCCGGUUGUUCCCCUACACGGCAGUUCAUCUCACAACGUACAAAAAGAUAGUCCACCUUCAUAUGGAUGAGCUGGGCUUCAUCUCUCAGUGGAGGGCCAUAUUUGCUGGUGGACUGGCUGGCAUUGCUGCUGCUCUGACCACGUACCCACUGGAGGUGGUGGAGACCAGGCUCAUCGCUCAGAACUGCAGACAGCCCACGUACAUCGGCGUAAUUCACACUCUCUCAAAGAUCUACAGGAGUGAAGGGCUUCUAGCUCUCUAUAGGGGCUUCUCCCUCACUGUCUUAGGUGCAUUUCCCUUCUCUGUGGGAUGCUAUGCAGUCUACAUGAACUUGGACAAGCUCUGGCAGGAGCCUCCAUUUCGCUUCACUCCCCUCCAGAACUUCAUUAGUGGCUGUCUUGCAGCAGGAGUAUCUCAAACCCUCUCAUACCCUUUUGAAACAGUAAAAAGGAAGAUGCAGGCGCAGAGUGCCCGUCUUCCCCAUUGUGGUGGCGUUGACGUCCAUUUCAGUGGGAUGAUUGACUGUUUCAUACAGGUUGUCAGAAACAAAGGCAUCCUCUCAUUGUGGACUGGCCUCACUGCCAACACAAUAAAGAUUGUGCCCUGCUUCGGCCUUCUUUUUACCUGCUUUGAGAUGUGUAAGCAAGUUUGCCUUUACCGCAACGGGUACAUCAUCUCGCCUCUGAGCUACAAGCUUGCGCCGGGGGUCGACCAGAGCCUCGGGCCGUACGAGCUGCAAGAGGUGAAGCGCUACUUGAAAAACAGGAACUUUGGCUCAGGGGAGUCGUCUUUUGGAAACCGUUGGUGAAACUUCACAUGAGAAGAUAUGUUGUGAGAACUACUGACUGCUGACCACACUUGACCAUCAAGGCUUUUGUCUGUAAUAAUUACAUAACAUUGUGUUUCAGGUUUCAUGUUCAUAAAAGCAAAUAACAUACAUUUACAUUACAGUAUGUCCUGUUGGCAACGGUCUACCUCUUUCAGAACAUUGUUAUCUGUCAUUUUAUCUGGCAGUAUUAUUUGUCAAUGAAUUAUUCACUCACCCACUAUGUUUUUAACUUAAUAUUAUGUGCCUUGUGAGUUCAUUAUUUAUUUUAGGGCUUAUUCCAGUUAUUGUCCCAUCAACUUCAAAUAGUGCCAUAGUUUAUUCACAUAGGUUACAAAUGCUCCUCUACUCUAUAAAUUAAUUGAGCAUUAUGACCAUAUGCUAUGUUGUAUAAUAGGGCUGCCUGUGUGAUAGAUUAUAUUUUUACUGUACGAUGAAUGAUAAAUUUUGAUAAGUGUUUGUAGUUUAUGGACAAUCAUGUACAAGUGCUAACAUGGAUUGUGACAGAAGAAAUGUGCU